AUGGAUUUCAUUGCCGGCGCCAUUGGAGGUGGUCUCAGCACAGCAGUGGGUUAUCCUCUGGACACAGUGAAGGUGAGGAUUCAAACUGAGAGGCAUUACAAUGGGAUUUGGCACUGCAUUCAGGAAACAUACAGGACAGAAAAAGUUUGGGGAUUUUACAAAGGUGUGACUGCCUCAGUCCUCACAGUAUCUCUGAUUUCUUCUGUUUCAUUUGGCACAUACAAAAACUUCCUUUGCACCAUCUGCAAGCUGCGAUACGGGGCUGCAGAAGUGAAGCCAUCCAAGCUGGAUGUUGCUCUUGCUGGAGGUGCUGCUGGUGCUGUCCGGGUUGUGUUGACAAACCCUAGUGAAGUGGCUAAGGUUCGCAUGCAGACUCAGAGGAACCCACAUCCUUCCGCUGCAUCUCCCCAGCCUGUUUCCAAGCCAAAGUACCGAGGAUCUCUGCACUGCCUGAAGGUGGUUGCCAAAGAGGAAGGUUUUGGGGGUCUAUACAAGGGCUGCUCUGCAUUACUCUGCAGGGAUUGUUCCUCUUCUGCAAUAUAUUUCCUUACCUAUUCUGCUCUGUGUGACUGGCUCACACCAGCUGGGAAAAAUAAACCAGGUUUCCUUGUUGUGCUGCUUUCUGGUGGUUUUGCAGGAGUCCUGGCCUGGGGAUUAGCUACUCCCAUGGAUGUCCUCAAAUCACGGAUACAAACAGAUGAAUCGGAGCAGCACAAGUACAGAGGCCUCAUCCACUGUGCUAGGGAAAGUGUGAGAAAGGAGGGUGCAAAAGUGCUUUUCAAAGGUUUGGGUUUAAACUGCAUUCGUGCCUUUCCUGUGAACAUGCUGGUGUUUGUAACGUAUGAGGCUGUGCUGAGAUUUGCAGAUCAUUAUACAAACAAAAAAUAG